AUGGGCAACACGAAAUCACCGUUGUGUCCACUUCACAAGUUACUCUGGGCUUCUUGCGGUGGCCAGUGGCAAAUGGCAAAUGGCCACCGCAGUCUCAUGGGUCAUUGUCCAACAUUCGUGUUACAAGCUAUGGCAUCCAAAUCGAACGCAAAAAUCGCUUCUACAAGUCCUCUGGUUACCCAGACUCCUCCUGUUGCCCAGGCCCAGCGCGUCGUGAACCCCUCUCCCCCCCAGAAAAAUGUCUACAAGGUCGGGAGCAAAGCCGUCCUUAUGCCCAAGCGCGUCGGCACGAUCACCGAACUCACGAACUCUGACACGGGCUCUGGCGCUAUCUCUGCGACGAUCAAAAUCGACAACGACGGCAGCUUGACUGCAAUCCUAUACUUCCCCGGUGUCCCUGGGGCCACCGUGACGCUGGCGCAUCAACGACUCCCAGAAACGGUCGAGGAUCCGAAACCUGUUCCGCGGGAAGCGUUGGGGUUGCCGCCUCUGCCUGCGGGUGCUUGUGAUUCGGACUCGGACUCUGCCGAUGCCGAUGAGAACAACGCAGUGAAAGGGAAGAAACGCACUGUAGAUCAGAACAAGGGGAAGACGGCUCAAAGGAUGAAUAAAGCAAUUGCCUCGGGCUCUGGGACUACUUAUCCUGCGGCUCAAGAUGCGGAAGCUCGUCUGGAUGGGUUCACUGCCACUGCGUUCUCUUUCUCUGCUCCUGCUUUCAAAAGCAAGAACACUACCAAAGACUCUGCUACUACUUCUCACGUCUCUGGAUCCUUCAAUUCCAAGACUUCUGGUUCGACUUCCGCUGACUUGCUGACUCCGAAAACAAUGCCUCCUUCGACUAAGAGGAAGAGCGAUGCAACUGAUGGCGAUCAGUCGAAGAGGGCUAGGAGCGAGAACGGGGGAAGGUAUUUGUCAUUCCCUGAUAUAAUGAAACCAGGCGUUGAUGUGUUCUUGUUAUUCAGUCGUACCGAAGAGACUAAUAAGAGUGGAGUCGUCCACAACUACAAUGUCGCCUACCUCUACCACAUCACCGGCGGUACAAAUACUCUCCAACUCCCUCCCGCCAUGCCUGGCGGUCUACCAUACCAUCCGCCGACUGCGUAUUACUACGGUCCAGGAUACGGAUACCGCCAAACGGUCGUAAGAGUACCCUCUGCGCAGGCUGCUACGCCAGUCGCGACCCCACCUUGGGCAGCAUCUCAGCAGGCUCCGAUGCCAUACCAAGCCCCUACUCUUCAAGCAGGUGCUCCACUAGCGCCCUACAGCGCUGCUCAACAGGCUCAAGGACCCCCCGCUGCGCCUCUUAACUCUGGUGCUCCCGCGCCUGCUGGUUAUUAUCGCCAAAACAGCCCUCAGAACUCCCAAGUCUCUCCUUAUGCGAUGGAUACCCGGUUCCACGAGCAAACUUCUCCUAUUCCUUCCUCCUCGCGAGGCCCAGGGACAUACUCUGAAAGCCCUCAAUAUCCCCAGUGA